CAAUAAUUUAGUUGCACUGCUUAGUUAGUUAAUGUGAGGUUUGCGGGAAAUUGUGAAUUUUGAGAACGCUUGGUUUAGUUUUUUUAACGAUAUUAGAAAAGAAGAAAUUUAUUACUACAUUUUUUAUUUGAACAGCUUUCAACUAUUGAAACUAGUUUACUGUGCUAUUAAAUUUAUUAGUAAGCAAUAUAAAGAUGUUCGCAAGCCUACGCGAUGUUUCCUUGCGAGGAAUUAAACGACUUUGUCUCAACAAUUGUUUCCGUUGUCUAUCGACUGCCCCUGGAACGUUUGAAUCCAAUAAGAAAAAUAUUGUACUUGUUGAUGGUGUACGAAGUCCAUUUUUAUUAUCAGGAACAAGCUAUGCGAGAUUAAUGCCACAUGAAUUGGCGCGUCAUUCACUUUUGAGUCUUUUACGGAAAACGAGAUUGGAUAAAGCAGCCGUAGACUAUAUAGUAUAUGGUUCAGUUAUUCAAGAAGUAAAAACUUCCAACAUAGCUCGAGAAGCUGCAUUGGCAGCCGGUUUUAGUGAUAAGACUCCUGCCCAUACCGUUACAAUGGCUUGUAUUAGUUCGAAUGCUGCUAUAACAACUGGUAUGGGCUUUAUAGCCACUGGAACCUUUGACACUAUUGUCGCGGGUGGGGUGGAAUUCAUGUCUGAUGUACCUAUUCGAUUUUCCCGCAAAAUGCGUUCACUUAUGAUGAAGGCUAGUAAAGCAAAAUCGUUAGGACAGCAAUUAUCGUUGUUGGCGCAGUUUAGACUCAACUUCUUAGCACCUGAGUUGCCGGCUGUAGCCGAGUUCUCUUCUGGCGAAACUAUGGGACAUUCUGCAGACCGCUUAGCAGCAGCUUUUAAUGUGACACGUCAAGAACAAGAUGAGUAUGCUCUGAGGUCACACGCAUUAGCUAAGGAAGCCCAAGAAAAGGGCUACUUUACCGAUUUGGUGCCUUUCAAAGUUUCUGGCGUUGACCAUACAAUUAGCGAAGAUAAUGGUAUACGUGUUUCUACAAAGGAGCAAUUAGCCAAACUAAAAGCUGCUUUCGUUAAACCUCAUGGAACUAUCACAGCUGCCAAUGCUUCUUUCUUGACAGAUGGCGCCUCAGCUUGUUUAAUAACAACCGAAGAGAAAGCUAAGCAACUGGGUUUAAAACCUAAGGCUUAUUUACGUAACUUUACGUUUGUUUCCCAAGACCCUGUCGAUCAAUUAUUGUUGGGUCCGGCCUAUGGUAUCCCAAAAUUAUUACAGAGAUCUGGGCUCACUCUUAAAGAUGUUGACGCAUGGGAAGUACAUGAAGCCUUUGCUGGUCAAAUUGUUGCUAACAUUAAGGCUUUGGAAUCAGAUUGGUGGUGUAAAACAUAUUUAGGCUUAAGUGAAAAAUAUGGAGCCCCGGAUAUAAAUAAAUUUAACAACUGGGGAGGUUCCCUCUCUAUUGGACACCCCUUUGCUGCUACAGGUGUACGACUAUGUAUGCAUGCCGCCAAUCGUCUAGUUAGAGAAGAUGGAAAAUUGGCUGUUGUUUCUGCUUGUGCCGCUGGCGGUCAGGGUGUAGCCAUGUUACUAGAAAGGCAUCCAGCGGCCACUGCAAAUUAGAUGAUUUUUGAUGUCAGAAAGAAAAAAUGUAGAGCGAGUUUGUUUACCUUUCCUUUCCAAGUACGUAUAUCUACUAAGAGCAUUUAUAAUGCAUAACUUCUAAAAUAAGGGUUUUUUUCUUUUUAAAUUGAAUGAUGUAAAAAUUAAGAAACUUGUCUUAUAUUAAAAUAUGGUCAAUGCUUAAAUAAAAUUAACGGAC